AUGCAUGCUUAUGCAAAAUUUAUGAAAGAGCUCUUAUCAGGAAAACGUAACUUGAAACAUGAUGAAAACAUCGGUUUGGUGGAAGAGUGCAGUGCUAUCAUUCAGAGGAAGGUUCCACCCAAACUCACUGAUCCAUGCAGGUUUACUAUCCCUUGUUACAUUGUUUCACUGACUAUUGGACAUGCUUUAUGUGAUUUAGUAGCUAGCAUCAACUUGAUGCCACUAUCAAUAAUGAUGAAGUUGAAUUAUGAUGAACCAAAGCCAACACGAAUGACCUUGACACUAGCUGACCGUUCUAUCAUAUAUCCUUAUGGGGUUCUUGAAGAUGUCCUUGUUAAGGUUGAUGGUUUAUUGUUCCCAACUGAUUUUGUAACAACAGGUAAAUCUCUCAUUGGCGUAGCACUGAGAGAAUUAAUAUUGAGGUUUAACGAUGAAAAAAUUGUCAUCAACGUGUUUGAAGCAAUAAAACACCACAAAGAAAAUCCUCAGUGUUACCAUAUAAACAUGAUAAAAGAAAGACCGAAAAAGCUCAAGAAGUGUUGUUAA